CGUACGGCGCUUCCGGCCCGCGUGAGCGGAGUUUCGCGCCGGCUGGUGGCGAGGGCAAGCGUGGACGGGCUAAGUGGUGCAGGUUUUCUCGAGUACCUUUCUCUUCUCCGGGACCAUGGCCACAGACUCUUGGGCCCUGGCAGUGGACGAGCAGGAGGCAGCUGUCAAGUCGAUGAGCAGUUUGCAGAUCAAGGAAGAGAAAGUCAAACCGGAUACCAAUGGUGUUGUCAAAACCAGUCCCACUGCAGAGAAGACAGAUGAAGAGGAGAAAGAGGACAGAGCCGCCCAGUCUUUACUCAACAAGCUGAUCAGAAGCAACCUCGUCGAUAACACAAACCAAGUGGAAGUCCUGCAGCGGGACCCCAGCUCCCCGCUCUACUCGGUGAAGUCUUUUGAGGAGCUCCGCCUGAAGCCACAGCUUCUCCAAGGAGUCUAUGCCAUGGGCUUUAAUCGACCGUCCAAGAUACAAGAGAACGCAUUACCCAUGAUGCUCGCUGAACCCCCACAGAACCUAAUCGCCCAGUCUCAGUCCGGCACUGGGAAAACAGCUGCCUUCGUCCUGGCCAUGCUCAGCCGCGUGGAACCAGCAGACAGACAUCCUCAGUGUCUGUGCCUCUCCCCAACAUACGAACUGGCGCUUCAGACGGGAAAAGUGAUCGAGCAGAUGGGCAGAUUUUACCCGGAGCUCAAGCUCGCUUAUGCUGUUCGAGGCAAUAAAUUGGAAAGAGGUCAGAAGAUCAGCGAGCAGAUUGUCAUUGGCACCCCUGGGACCGUCCUGGACUGGUGCUCCAAGCUCAAGUUCAUUGACCCCAAGAAGAUCAAGGUGUUCGUGCUGGAUGAAGCCGACGUGAUGAUAGCUACGCAGGGCCACCAGGAUCAGAGCAUCCGCAUCCAGAGGAUGCUGCCCAGGAACUGCCAGAUGCUGCUGUUCUCUGCCACCUUCGAGGACUCUGUGUGGAAGUUUGCCCAGAAAGUGGUCCCAGACCCCAACAUCAUCAAGCUGAAGCGCGAGGAGGAGACGCUGGACACCAUCAAGCAGUACUACGUGCUGUGCAACAACAGAGACGAGAAGUUCCAGGCCUUGUGCAACCUCUAUGGGGCCAUCACCAUCGCUCAGGCCAUGAUUUUCUGCCAUACCCGCAAAACAGCCAGUUGGCUGGCAGCAGAGCUCUCGAAAGAAGGCCACCAGGUGGCGCUGCUGAGCGGCGAGAUGAUGGUGGAGCAGAGGGCCGCCGUGAUCGAGCGCUUCCGAGAGGGCAAAGAGAAGGUGCUGGUGACCACCAACGUGUGCGCCCGAGGUAUCGAUGUGGAGCAGGUAUCUGUCGUGAUCAACUUUGAUCUCCCCGUGGACAAGGACGGGAACCCCGACAACGAGACCUACCUGCACCGGAUCGGGCGCACCGGCCGCUUUGGCAAGAGGGGCCUGGCCGUGAACAUGGUCGACAGCAAGCACAGCAUGAGCAUCCUCAACAGGAUCCAGGAGCAUUUCAAUAAGAAGAUAGAAAGACUGGACACGGAUGAUCUGGAUGAGAUUGAGAAGAUAGCCAACUGAGAAGCUCCCCGCUCCCUGCGCCGCCCUCGUCACCUCCAGGGGAGGAAGCCCAGUGCUCGCGCGGCCCUGGCCUCGAUUACCACAGAGACGAAGGCACGAGGAAGAAGCUGCCUACCUCAUUAAAUUAUGUUUGGACUUGACCAAAAUAUGUGGAAACGACAGUGGACAAUCAGAGGACAUUACAUUUUGGAAAAUAUUUUCUCCACACCUUGGAAAGCCACAGUAUGCCCUGCCCCUCCAGUAAUCUGCUUUCUGUUGUUGAUACUGGCUCCAGACCUCCCGCCUGCUCUCUGACUAGAGCGCUAGGACCAGCCUGCACCCCGGAGUGACAGGGCCGAGGUCUCCAGCAAGGCUGGCAGCCGGCACUGUGACGCCGUGAAGAGUUGGCCGCAGAGCCCCUGAGCCAGCCGCAUCGCUGGACCUGUCAGGAGGGAUUUUCCUGCCCUGGGCUUCUCCCAAAAUCUAGAGAUGCCCCAGCAUCCCUUUUCCUCAAAUGUCUAGAGCAGAAGCUCUCCGUCUUGCUCUCUCACAAGCACCUUGGGUACCAUGGUGAACUUGCAACUCGGUGAGAAGAGCCCAGAGGCCGGAGCCCUCUGGCUCUGAGGGCUCGUCCAGGCCAGGGUGGGCGAGUCCAUGUGCUCAGGGCCUGCCUUGCCCUCUUUCCCGUUGCUCCAGGUGGAGCCCAGGAGACUCGGGGACCUGGUGAAGCCCCGCCCGGCCCACUUCCGGGCUUCCUGCCAUGGCGGAGCCAGGCAGCAGUCUGUGCGGGCUCCUAGGAGGCGCUUACCCACAGCGGUGGCCUUGAUGGAUUAUGUAGUUCAUACCUGAUAUGAGUAGGGACAGAAAUUUAGCUAUGUGCAUCAUUCAGUAUAAGAAAUUUUAAAUGUAAUUAUGAGAAACACUUUACUAAUCAUGACUUAUUUGUAUUUUUCUGCUUAUUAGACUAAUUUAUGCUCAUUAAAAAUAUUGUGUGUAUAUAUAA